UUGGCAAUGUCUGUCUCCCCCUCUCUCUCUCUGUCUCCAAAACUUCCCUCUCUAAUGUGCAAGUGAAGCUGCUGCUGCAACCUCUCACCCACCAGAAACUCAUAAACAAAUCUCUCUCUUUCCUCCAAACCCAUUUGUUUGAUUCAGAGAGAGCUUUGUUGAUGCUUUAGACCAAAUAAUCUUUCUCAGUCUACAACAAAGACUGGGGUUUUUAUUCUUUGAUUGAUUUAGAGAGGAGAAAGAAAGAAUGUCGCUUUAUAGGGUUGGGGUAAGGAAUGUGUACGGUACGAGUCAACAAGCCGAGUUCUAUGGAAAUGUCGAUCGUGAAGACCCUGAGGCGAUUCUCAACGGCGUUGCAGUCUCUGGUCUUAUCGGUGUCUUGCGUCAGCUUGGUGAUCUCGCUGAGUCUGCAGCAGAGAUAUUUCAAGGCAUACAGGAGGAAGUUAUGGCUACAGCUUCAAGAAGCAAUCAGUUGAAGAUCAGGCUGCAGCAUAUAGAAGCUACAGUGCCUCCACUAGAAAAGGCGGUGCUUGCACAGACAACUCAUUUGCAUUUUGCAUACACAGGAGGUGUGGAGUGGCAUCCUCGUAUCCCACAUGAGCAAAACCACCUAAUACACGACGACUUGCCUCACUUUAUUAUGGAUCCCUAUGAAGAGUGCAGGGAUCCUCCACGGUUGCACUUGCUUGAUAAGUUUGAUAUAAAUGGUCCUGGAUCUUGCUUGAAGCGAUACUCAGAUCCUACUUACUUCAGAAGAGCAUCAAGCAACCUCAUGAUUCAAGAAAACAAAAAGUUCCAAAACAAGAAUUGUAAAAUCAAGAAGAAAAAAUCUUCAUCAAGGAGUCGAGAUAUGUCACGUUUAGCUUCUUCCAUGGCUGCUGCUAACCAGAAUGCCAGGAAGACGUUUACUUUAAUUAGCUUUAGUGGACAGACCUCUUCUUCUAAAACUGCAUCAACCAGUGAUAUGGAGAAAAUAUCCGAUCUCCAAGAUCAUCAUUCUCACUCUUUUGAUUCCAGAAGCGGUUCAACGGCAACCUCUUCAUCACUGAAGACUGGAGAAAAACCGAAAGGGGGGUUAGUUUCAUCCAGCUUGACACCGGGCUCUUGCACCAUCUCUUCAGUACUCUCUGAAUCUGAAUCCGAAGAUGGAAAAGAUAGUUUCAAUCUUAGUCCAUCGCAAGGGCAAGCUGCUGCUGUUGGCUCUUCUUGCGUUAGUUGGGAUGAGAAAGCAGAGAUAGUGGAAGAACCUCUUUGUGUGUUGCAGACAGGUAAUGCUUCUGAAAUGAUGGAGACGAACUCUGCUGUGGACGGACUAGAUGAGAGAGCUAGAGUUGAUCGCCAUUCUAAUGACGUUGAAAACGCUAAAUCAGAAUCAGGAAAACAACAACAAAGUAAUGGGAUUGAUGAGGUAAGAGAGAUGAAAACUGGUUUGGAGAUGGUGAGAGAACCGAGGGAUAGUAGUGAACAUGAGACUGAAAGUGAAGGGGAGUGUUUUGUUGAUGCGCUUAACAGCAUUGAAUCAGAAUCUGAAAAUGAUCAAGGUCUCAAAACUAGUCAAGAAGAAGCAGUGAGCAGUAGUCCCUGUGGUGGUGUUACAGACGAGAGGCUGGAAAAUUCAGUGUGUGAGCAAGAACUAGAGCAGGGUUGUGUCGAAGAGUCUUGUAGUAGAUCGAUGGACAAGGGUUCUGUAAAUGCAACUGAUGAAAUGAAUCAUCAAGAUUCGUUGGAGACUACUGAUCUUUCCGGUGGAGAAGCAUGUACAUUUGUUCCUGCACCUGAGAACAGUUUAUCUGAUUCAUUGUAUCAUAGUGACCAUCAAAACUCAGAAACUAAAGUUUCUCGUGAAGUUGACGCCAUUAAAAUGUGGACUAAUGGGAGUCUACUGGGACUGAACCCAUCGAAACCUCCAGUCUUGGAAGUGCCAAGUUCUCCAGAACCUGAAAAAGAUAAAUCAGAUGAUUUAGUUGAACAUGUUCUUGAUACUUCAAGCUUAGCAACUCAAAAUGUAACUGUAGACCAGAGUUUUGAGUGCCAUGAGACGACUUCUUCUUACGGAGUCUUUGGUGGACUCAGCCAAAAGCUAUUCACUAAUAGUUUCCGCAGAAGAGAUUCAUUGUCUCAUGAUAAUAGACAGGCUUUACCAGCAACCAUUCCAGAGAACAAAGAAGUGACAGAGAAGAUCAGGUUCGGUGGUGAGCAAGAUAUUGACUGGACUCCAUCGUCUCCGCCUCUUCAACACAUGAAGAUAUCUCUCAACCCCGUUGACAACAACAACACCCUUCAGGCUUCUUCCAGACUAAAGCUGAAAAUUUCAGCUGGGGAUGAUGAUACGUUUUCUUCCUUUCAGUUGCUUCCUGAGGCGGCUGCUACUUCCGUUCUUGAUUCUUGUUCAGACGAUGACACUUUUUGUAGAUCCUCUCCUUACAUGUCAGACACCGAUUAUCAUAGCGACAAUCAAUCCUUGUCAGGCUCUGAGCAGUGGGAAGAAUCUAGUAACAGCCAUGCAAGAAAAGAUCAAGAGCUGUAUGUUGAUAACAAUGGUGAAGGUGCUGCUUCUCUAGACACUGAAGCAGAUAAUGUUUGUAAGUCCAUAAACUUCUCUUACCUCCAGAGUCCUGUUGAGCCUUUACCACCGCCGUUUCCACCUGCGCAAUGGAUGGUUUCUAAAACAGCCUCGGAAACAAUAUCUGAAAACAAAACAGCGCAGCCCUUACAACUACAAGACGCUCUCAGGUUCGCCUUUGAGAAGCAUACUUCAUCGUCUAUAGUCAAAAACAAAGAAGAGCCUAACACUGUUGCUUCUUCUGCUCCUAAACCAGAAACUAAGGUGGUCCAUGUGAAGAAGAAUAAUGUAAGGGAGGAGGACAAACAAAAUGCUAACGAAAAAGAGACUGAUGCUGAAGACUUCUUGCAACAAAUCAGAACACAACAUGUCAACCUGAGACCUGUGGUUAUGACAACGACUUUAUCUUCUGCUGCUACUGCAACAACGGACCCUGCUAUAAACAUUAAGAUCAGCGCCAUGUUGGAGAAAGCAAACUCAAUACGCCAGGCUGUAGCUAGCAACGAUGGAGAUGAAAGUGAUACAUGGAGCGAUACGUAAAAACCCUUUUCACUAAAGCUUACAAUUCAUCUUUAUAAUUUACUUUUCUGCAAGUAUUUUUUUAUUCGUAUCAUAACUAAUGUGUGGAUUGUGUAGAUGAUACGUAAAUUUUGUCGUAGUGUGAUAUGUAUCUUCAUGAAAAUAAUGUAGUUCAAGAAAUAUAUUUAUAUAAAAAAUGUUAAUUAGUUAUUAUGCUCA